AAAUUAUUUGGCCUUUGGAGGUAAACUGCGUUCCUUCGGAAGGUCACGGCAGAAAAGUUCCGAUGAAAUACAUAUUCCUAAUUGUCCUCGAUGCACUAAGCUACGACGUCUAGUGAGAAAGACAAGUAUUAUCUCUGAGAAAAUCCGUGAAGAUGGAAAAAUCGCCUCCCGCUCCCAGUUUGCUGUGAAGGACAGAAAAGGAAAGCAGGAGAGGUAAACCGGUGCGUCAGCAAGCAGCUGCGCCAUUACCGCUAGGGCCUUGGCUGUCGUGUCCCGGGCUCGUAAUAUUUUUGCCUGCUCCACCGCCCUGAGACCGAGACUUCUGGAACGCCUCCUGACUUCGACCACGCACGCCGCGCUGCUGCUCCGAGGAACACUGCCAGAAUACCAGCAAUGAGCGAUCGCUACAGCUUCGUCCCUGCGACGCGGGAGCAGGUGGAGACCAUCAGGAAGAGUCUGGGGACAGAUGAAGAGGACAUCAAGAGGGCCAUCACGUCUGUUCGAGACUGGCUCAGGAUGCAGCCGCAUCUGCCCGACCAGAUGGAAGAUGCAUUCAUCGAAAGGAUGUACAUAAACUGCAAGUGUAGCAUAGAGAGGGUUAAGAAAGGGGUGGACAAUUUCUUCUCUAUGAGGACCAGGUAUCCAGAGAUGACGAUGAACCGUGACCCUAUGGGACCCGACGUUGUGACCACUAUGGAGCACGUCAAGCUGGUGACGAUGCCCCGCCUCACGGAGCAGCUGUACCGGGUUCACAUCAUCGCGGACCCCGACCCGGACCCUGCGUGGGUCUCGUGGAUAAGAUACGGAAAAGUCGGCUCCAUAGACCUCGACUUGAUGUUAUUUGAUGACUACUCCCUUGGAGACAUCGUUAUCUUCGACCUGAAGAACGUACAUACCGGACACGUCCUCCGCUCUGAUAUCAACAUCAUACGUGCUAUGGAAUUUGGUUACAAGAGUGCCUAUUGCCGGAGGUUGAAAGGGUUCCAUUUGGUAAAUGCGAACAAAAUAACUGAUUUCGUACUGAAAAUUUUGAAGACAGCUCUCUCAGAAAAGUUGCAGAAGAGGAUACACGUUCAUCCCCCAGGAACGACGACGCUGUUUGACCACGUGGCAAAGGAAUAUUUGCCGGAUGAACUAGGAGGUACUGCCGGUCCUAUCGACAAAUAUGCCUAUGAAUUCAUCAGGAGGGCGGAGAAGAAGAGAGAGUGGUUCCUGGAGCAGGACCGCUACACCUCGGACGAGAGCAAGAGGCCUCCAGACAAUCACUACGCCGACGACUUGUUCGGAGUGGCGGGCUCCUUCAAGAAGCUCUCAGUGGACUGACGCCGUCGCAGUUCAUUGUGUAGAUUCUGUCCCUUGUGGACAGUUAACUGUGGUACACAGGGUGAACUGGGAAUCCACCAACAUAGUUUCAGAGUUGGCUUUGCGAUAAUUCCUGAGUGUUUUGGUAUAACGGACACAUGGCCUCCGGUAAUACGUUACUGAGUGCAAAUAUUCAGUUUGAUGUUUUCCUGCAUUCUGUUCCUUCUGCCUUCAAAGCUUCCUAGCCAACAUUGUCAAAAAUUUUUCUCUAAAUUUAUAAACACUAUAAAAAUGGGUUUGCCUUCACCUACUCUAUUUGCUAUGAUAAAUCGUAGGAUCAUAAUCGCUACAUAUGAUUUUACAUUUUUAGAGAACCCAAACGGAUCUUCCCCAAGGUGAGGCUCCACCAUAUUUCUGAAAAUCAUUCGUGUUAGUAUUUACUAACCAUGACUUAUUAAACAGAUGGCUCCCUAUUAUUCGUCGCUGUCAGCGCCUGCCUCCUGUAAAAUAGAAAUUGUUACAGUUAGGAUUUCUAGCCACCCUCCCCCUUUUGCUUUGUAUCACAAUUGCACUGAAAAUAUUUGGUAAUUUAGUUAAUAAAGCACGUAAGUCAUAAUUAGAUUAUUAUUCUGUAACCAGCCACUGAAGAACACGGGUUCAUAAUAGAAAAAUACUCGGGAAAUGUCCUUCAACAAGGUCUGAGAUAUUGUCAGUGGUUCGGAUUCACCUAGUUUUGUCAUAAAGGUGUUCUUCCAUAGGGAAUAGGUCAAUAAAACCUCCACUACCUCACUGAAUGUUCCCUGUAAACCUGUCUGUCACAGAUAUGUAUCUUGUGUGAAAGUGAAAAAAUAAAAUAAGAUAUUUGCUAUCCUCGA